AUGGUUGAAGUAUCUGGGAAGAAAUUCGAUUCUUUCAAUCCAUGCAAAGCUUGCGCAAAGUGGAUUUGGGAUAGUGGUUGUAAUGAUAAUGAGAAGAGCUUUAUUGAUGGAGUGAAUGCUGGGAGGAAAGAGGAUAAAUUCUGGUUUUUCUCGGUCGGUAAUGGUGAUGAUGUUUGCUCUAAUGAUGAUGUUAGUGUUGGCGUUAAAGAAGGUAAGGAUGAUGACGACGACGACGUCAACGAUGAUGAUGGUGUUGAUGAUGCGUUUACUAUGAUAGAGGACAUCUUGGAAGAUGUUGAAGAAGGCCAACAGGACAAAUUAGAGGGACAGUGGAGUGAAAAGGUGGAAAGAAGAAAAAAGGGUGAAAGAUUUUUGUUAGAACGCUAA